CUGGUAUUUUUUUCUUAAAAACAAAAUAAAAUAAAAAUAGUCAACCAUGACAGAACAAAGUCAACAAGAAGCUUUUACAAAUGCACUCACAAAAGAAUCGAAUGAUAUAGGCCAAAACACGUCAAAGGUUAAUGUGGAGAAUAAAAAAGUAACAAUAGAAAACGAAAAUUCGGGGCAAAACUUGUUAGAAAAAAAUAAAGAUUCAGAAGAGAAUAAAAUUGAUAUGAAUUCAAUUAAUGACAUGGCCUCUUCAACUGGCGAAACUAAGGAAGACGAAAAUCCGGAAAAAAACUUAUUAAUAGAAAAUAAAAACUUGGUCGAAAAUAAAAGUGAUACGACUUUGGUCAAUGACACAAACGAUCCCUCUUCAACCAGUGAAAUUGUGAAUAUGAAGGAAGACGAGAAUCCGGAAGGAAAUUUGUUAAAAGAAAAUAAAAAUUUAAACGAUAACAAGAGUGAUACAACUUUGAUUAAUGGCACAAAUGAUCCCCCUUCAACUGACAAAACUGUGGAUCGCAAAGUAACAAUAGAAGAAGAUACGGAAGAUAAAAAUUUAGACGAUACGAAUUCAAAAAAUGAUGCAAAUAAUUCUACCGCUUCGACCAGCGAGACCGUUGACGUAGCAAUUCCUCAGCAGAAGAAGAAGAAGAAGAAGAAGAAGAAGAAGAAAUCUGGAAAUGAUGAGUCUAAUUUAGAUUUUCAUGAUAUUGGACCAAUUGAAGAAGAUGAGAAUAGACUCUAUGAUCCAUCGAAAUCACUAACACAUCGCGUGGAAAUAGCUGUUCAGAAAUAUAAAAAGAACCGUAAAUUUACUUCUACUCGGAAUCAGGUUUUCAAUUCUUAUCUACGUUUCGGAGGAAUUAGCACUGGUCCUAAGUCUUUCUUAGGUCAAGAUGGACUCGAUAACGCAGACGCUGACGCAGAAGAAAUUGCUGCACGCCGCGCAACAGAUUAUAUUGACGAUGAAGCAGAUGACAUGGAAGUAAACUUCACGUACAUUGUUCGCGUCUACUUGUCUAGCUUUUUAAUCGAUAAAUCUGGUUAUGUUCAAAUGGACCAAUUUCGCGAAGGACCUCAGGUUGUGAUAUCAUUUUUAAAUUAUUUACAUAACCAUAAGGUAUGUCCGGAGUAUGAAGAAGAUAUGCAAAUGGCUUUGCAAAUCGCUCACAAAGCAAAAGAAGAAUUACCAAAUUGCAAAGCGUUCGCACAGAAUGCGCCAGGAAAACUCAACAAGGCGUGUUCUUUAUUAUUCGGAGGAGAAUUAUAUGGUAUGCUUGAUGAUCCUUGGAAUGGAGAAGAAAUUGUAGCGUCAAUGAUUGGAAUAUCAAAGGGGGAAGGAAAACAACUCAUUAGAGAGUUAUUUGGCGCUAAUGCAGUCGAAGAGUUGACCCGAGUUAAAGAAGAUUCUAAAACCGCUUUGAUAUGUGAAAUUAUUGGAGUUGAACCUUUUCAAAGGGAUAUAUCGGAGGCUUCCGCAGAUGAAACCCUUCAAAAUUCUAAUGAAUUACACAACACGCAAGAAACUGAUCUCAAGAAAAUAAAGUUACGUGAAUUUGAUGUGUCUACUGCGGAACCUUUUUAUAUCUGUGUAAAUUCAGAUUUAGGAAUUUAUGCUAUGCCCGGAAUGCGUAUCACUGCCGAUUUUCAUAAGUUAUCUAAUGGAUUUUGGUAUUGGGAUAAAGUAACAAAUGUAUAUCCUUCAUAUUAUCAACCUUGUGAAGAUGAUUCCGAUGAUGAUGAUUAAAUUAAAUUUUAGAUUUUGCAUUAUUCUAUUUUUUGUUUUUUUUUGUAUUGUUUUAUGUAAAUUCUAUUAUAAUAAAAUCCCAAUAAAGUAAUCAAAUCACCAUCAUGAUAAGAUCUUGUUGAUCCAG